AAUGUCUAAACGAAGUAACGUUCUUUAAAGGCACCGUUGAAAAAGGGUUCGUUCGACAUGGACUGUUUUGGAUGGAAUAAAGCUUCCAGUGAUGAUAGCCCGGCAUUGUCUCUAGUUGGUACCAUAGUAACCUCCCUACCAAGGUGAAUAGACAACAAUGGCGGGAUCCUUCCUCAUCUGCUGUCAGUAGACCAUCAUCCCCUGAUUUGAUAAGUACGGAAUGACCUGAAUCAAAGAUACAUAGGACUGCUUUAACAAUGGGAAACGAGGGAGCGGUCUCUCUUUAUUGGAUGCAUCACGAUCUUCCACUACAUCGACAGUUUUAUAGUGGCACUCUAGUUUCAAUAUUGUUGGGAACUCUGGCGAGUGGCAACCGAUAAUUUUGGAGUGGGAUUAAAAUGGCCAAUAUUAGCCAACUUUUUCGACGUCAAUCCUCACGACAAGACAGUUUGUGCCGAUCGCUUUCGAGAAAUCAAGCUGCAAAUGUGGAAGGCCAAGAUUUGGGUCCACAACAACCUGUUUGGCAACAGAAGAGACGACGCGGUUUUCAUGGAAAAAUCAAUCCCCAAGAUGCCAAAGACCAAAUGGAAAUGGCUUCUCUGAUGUGGGAACACCGCCCAAAGUAUGCCGAUAUUGCCUCAGGAAAGAAAAAGACUCGUAAUUACGCCGAUGUUGUCGCUGGAAGAACAUACAAGGCCAAACAAGACCCCGGGACCACCAAAGACGAAAUUGGCCCCAGGAACCAGGACGAGAAGCAAAAUGAUGAUACAGGCGAAAAGGAAGGAGCAAUUAGUUCCCACGAAAGAAGCGACGGAGAUUCCGAAAGAGACAAAUUCAAACCUCCUCCAGGCGAAGAACGUGGAGAGGCUUGGGAUUCUAAGAUCACGUACGUUUUGGCAACUGUCGGGUACGCUGUUGGGUUGGGCAAUGUCUGGCGUUUUCCAUACUUGGCCCAAAAGAAUGGUGGAGGAGCUUUCUUGAUUCCGUACUUGGUGAUGCUUCUCAUAGAGGGUCUUCCCAUAUUCUUAUUGGAGUUGGCUAUUGGUCAGCGACUGCGGAAAGGGUCUAUUGGAGCAUGGAAGCAAAUCUCGAAAUACACGGCUGGCAUUGGCAUCACGGCUGGGAUUGUUUCGUUCAAUGUGGCCUUAUAUUACAAUGCUAUUAUUGCUUGGUGCUUGCACUACUUUGCCAGAAGCUUUCAAUAUCCACUUCCCUGGAGUGUAUGUCCAGGAAAUGAGGGCAAUCUGACGGAGGAAGUAAUCCCAUUGUUUAACGAAUGUCAGGCGAGUAGCCCGACUCAAUACUUCUGGUAUCGGGAAACAUUGAAUGUGACUGCCGAUAUCGAUGACAUUGGGGAUUUCAACUUUAUCAUCUUUGCUUGUCUCCUCUUGGCUUGGCUUAUUGUCUACUUUUGCAUGGUCAAGGGCAUCACGGAAAAUCCACGGGUGAUCCACGUGACCGCAAUCUACCCAUAUGUGGUCCUCAUCAUCUUCUUUAUUCGUGCCAUGAUGCUGGAAGGAAUGAGCGAUGGAGUGAUCUAUCUCUUCAACCCCAAGUGGGAAAUGCUCUAUAGUCCAAUUGUUUGGCUGGAGGCUGGAACACAAAUCUUCUUCUCGCUUGGCUUGGCAUUUGGAGGCUUGAUAGCCUAUUCCUCGUACAACCCAGUGAACAAUAACUGCACUAGAGAUGCGAUUUUGGUAGCUGCGACCAAUUUUUCGACUUCAAUUUUUGCUGCCAUCGUCAUUUUUGCCAUUAUGGGUUUCAAAGCCAAUAACAUCCACAAAGAAUGUCUUGUUAAGCAGAACGAUACUCUCGUGGAACUCUUUGGCACAUACGAUAUAACAGUUCCCGAGAGUGGGAUUGUUGAGCACAUAGACUUGGAUGGCAUCUUAGUGAACAAAAGCGUACCUUUUUGCGACCUCAUGAAAGAACUCGACCAGUCGGCAAGUGGCACCGGUUUGGCUUUUAUUCUUUUCACGGAGGCAGUGAAUCAAUUUCCAUUUGGAAACCUGUGGGCUGUACUGUUCUUUCUCAUGUUGUUUACAUUGGGCCUCGAUUCCCAGUUUGGAACUCUUCAGGGAGUGAUCCAAUGCGCCAUCGACCUCAAAAUAUUACCAAACCUUCGAAAAGAGCUCCUCACAGCCCUCAUUUGUGGAUUGGGAUUGGUCUUAUCUUUGGUGUUUUGUCACGGGGCAGGAAACUACGUUUUCACACUCUUCGAUAAUUUCGCCGGGAGCGUUCCUCUACUGAUGAUUGCACUAUCUGAAUGCAUUGCUAUCGCCUACAUCUAUGGACUGAAAAGAUUUUCAGAUGAUAUCGAAAUGAUGACAGGUCGACGCCCUUCCCUUUUCUGGCUCAUUUGUUGGAAGUACUUGGCGCCAUUAGCCAUGUUAGGUAUUUUGGGGGCCUCCGUGGUAGAUAUGUUUGUCAAUGGUUCUGGAUAUGAGGGAUGGGAUGCUGAGAUUGGCAGGGCCACAAAGAAUCCGUGGCCAACUUGGGCUCUUGGAGUGGCUCUUUGCUUGGUAUUUCUCCCCGUGAUGUUUAUUCCUUUGGUAGCAUUUUUGGAAUUCUUCGGAAUUAAUCUCCCGAUGUUGUCUGCCGAAGAGGAGGGAUGGUUUCCGGUGGAUGAGCUGAAGGACCACUACGGAAUUAAGGAACACAAUCCAACAAAAAUUGAACGGUUCGUUUUGGGAAUCAGAGAGGAUGGAAGUGAAGGGGUCUUUUUCCCAGCUUUUCCGCACAACAACUGCAAAACCGCUGAUAUCGAAGAAAACCAGUAAUAGCGAUGGACUUGUACAAAAGAAAUAACGUCAAUUGAGAUCUCAAAAUAAAAAAACCCACAAAACGGU